CAGCAAAGAGGCUUAUAUAUCAAUGUCCGAACAUCGAGUCUCUUCGAUAAGUGCAGAAAAAAGAGAUAGAAUAUAUGGUAUUUUUCAGGAUUAUGAAAAGAUGAAGAUGGAGCGUGCUGAAUAUGAUAUAGCUGAUUUGGUUAAUGAUCUUCAUAGUCGGCUAAAGUAUCAGCAUCUCGAUGGUGACAAAGUAGAUUUUGUGUAUAUUGAUGAAGUUCAAGAUCUCACAAUGAGACAGAUAGCGUUGUUCAAAUAUAUUUGUAGAAAUGUCGAAGAAGGAUUUGUUUUCUCUGGUGAUACAGCACAAACAAUUGCUAGGGGGAUAGAUUUCAGGUUUGAAGACAUUAGGAAUCUAUUCUAUACCGAGUUUGUCAUGGAUUCAAAGGGUGAUGAUGUUUCCCUUAGAAAAGACAAGGGACAUCUAUCACCUGUUUUUCAGUUGCUUCAGAACUUCCGGACACAUGCCGGUGUACUCAAACUAGCACAGAGUGUAGUUGAUUUGCUUUGUCAUUAUUUCCCUCACUCUGUUGAUUUCUUGAAACCUGAAACAAGUCUUAUUUAUGGUGAGGCUCCGGUAUUGUUGAAGCCCGGAGCUGAUGAAAAUGCAAUUCUAACUAUUUUUGGGAAUACUGGAAGUAUUGGAGAAAAAAUGAUAGGUUUUGGUGCAGAGCAGGUAAUCUUAGUGCGGGAUGAAUCUGCGAAGAAGGAAAUCUCCGGUUAUAUUGGAAGGCAAGCACUUAUUUUGACUAUUGUUGAAUGCAAGGGUUUGGAAUUUCAGGAUGUACUGCUGUACAAUUUUUUCGGGUCAUCACCACUUAGAAAUCAGUGGAGAGUGGUAUAUGAGUUUAUGAAAGGAAAAGGUGUAGUAGAUAUAUCCUGCCCAAAUUUCUGUGAAGAACGACAUAGUCUAUUGUGUUCUGAACUAAAACAGCUUUAUGUUGCCAUCACUCGAACAAGACAAAGGUUAUGGAUUUGUGAGAGUGUCGAGGAAUUUUCCAAGCCUAUGUUUGAUUAUUGGAGAGGAUUGUGUCUAGUGGAAACAAGGGAGAUAGAUGAUUCACUUGCACAAGCAAUGCAAACUUCUAGCACUCCGGAGGAGUGGAAGUCGAGGGGAGUGAAGCUCUUUUGGGAAAAGAAUUAUGAGAUGGCAAUCAUGUGCUUUGAAAAAGCAGGAGAAAGGAAUUGGGAGAAAAGGGCAAAGGCAGCUGGAUUCAGGGCAGCUGCUGAGAGAAUUCGUGAUUCGAAUUCCAAAGAAUCUUCCACCUACCUACGUCAGGCGGCUAAAAUUUUUGUCUCGAUAGGAAGGUUCGAGGCAGCAGCCGAAUGUUUUUAUGAUUUGAGGGAGUAUAAACGGGCAGGACAAAUUUAUUUGGAGAAGUGUGGAAAACCUGAGCUGAUUAAAGCCGCCGAGUGUUUUACACUGGCUGGAUGCUAUGAGCAGGCUGCCAGAGUUUAUGCAAAAGGCAGUCAUUUCUCAGAGUGCUUAUCAGUUUGCACCAAAGGAAAGUGUUUUGAAUUGGGUUUGGAAUAUGUUGAGUACUGGAAACACGAUGCUGCUCAGUGUAAUACAGUGGGGGAAAGAGAGACUGAAAUUGACAAAAUGGAGGAGGAGUUCCUGAGCAAUUGCGCGUUACAUUAUUUUGAGCUCAACGACCGAGUUUCCAUGAUGAGAUUUGUGAAAGCAUUCCCUAGAAUUGACAUGAAACGCAAUUUGUUGAAGUCUCUGGGGUGCCUUGAUGAGUUGCUGUUGUUAGAAGAAGAGUUAGGGAACUUCACUGAAGCUGCAGAAAUUGCCCGGCUGGAAGGGAAUAUUCUUCGUGAAGCAGAUAUAACAGCAAAGGAUGGGGAUUUUGACAAGGCUUCGUCACUUGUUCUUCUUUAUGUUCUCUCUAACUCUCUGUGGAUCUCAGGAGGUAAAGGCUGGCCUUUGCAGUCAUUUUCCGAAAAGAAGGAACUUUUGGAAAAGGCCAUGUCGUUUGCAAUGCAUGGAUCCAAUUCUGAAACCACGUGCACUGUGGUUAAAGUUUUAUCAAACGAGUCAAGUGAUUGGUCUGGCUUGAAGCACGUUUAUGUCGCGUCUCAGAAAUGUAACAGUCCAAUCGGUGAAAUUUUGAGUUGUAGAAAAAUACUGGAUGUUCAUUGUGAAACUAACGUGGCAAAGUAUAUUUGGGAUGAUAAUUUAUCAGCCAAUGUGAUGAGUUCAGAAGAAUUGGUUUUAUGCAGCCGAGUUAGUGUAAGGACACUGCUUCACUUUUGGAAUUUGUGGAAGCAGACCAUCUUUGAUCUGAUAGAAUCUCUCCAGGGCCUUGAGAUUGAACACUUCGGAAAGUAUAACAUCUUAUGUAAUUUCUGCGUAAAUUACUUUGGUGCUAGGCAGCAAUUGAAUGAUCUUAAUGUUACAUAUGCACUGUUGCAUCCUGCUGCUGAAUGGGUGAAAAAAAUUCACCAAAGCUUCAUCCGACGGAGCAAAAAGAUUGUAUUUGUUGAUGCUCGGGAUUUUAUUUAUGCUGCUCGACAACACUGGCAUACCGAAUUACUUAUUGUUGGCUUGAAGGUUCUGGAUACUCUCGAGUCCAUCUAUAAGUCGGCUGCAACUUCAAUGUCUCAUUUCCGGCAAAGCAUUUUCCUUCUAAACAUAUAUGAGAUUGCUAAAUUUUUAAGUGAGUCCAAGGAGCUUGAUUCUAAGAGUUCUCAGUGGAAACUACGGAAUUUCUUGACACUGUCAACAAAAUACUUUGAGAUAGCCUUCCCCCUUGACCCCCGACAAUCGUUGAUGGAGAAUAUCAUUUCUCUAAGGAGAACCGAGCUUUCCCGUGACUUGUUGCAAGAAUUCAUCCACCAAGAUAUUAACACCAGAGGUCCUUUGAGCUAUGGACAGAUUGGAAGAGUGAUGAUCAUAUGGCUUGCCUCCGGAAAACUAUCUGAAGAUUUGUACAAGAAAAUUGUUGGAAGAGCUCCAACAGAAUCAUGGAAAUCAUUCAUGGAAAUUCUCAGCUGCAUUAGAGCGACAAAAAUGGAAGAAUAUCAAUCAGGCAAUGCUUGUGGAGGCAAAAUUUCCGAGUCUCGUUUAGCUAAAGAUAUUGUUCGAAGUGAAGCUAUGGAGGUUACAUUAGUUGAGAAAUUUUAUGAAGCAUUACAAGAUACCUAUAAUGUGAACUGGAGCAGACUAAGUGACUAUAUCUCCCCUGGUUGUUUCUUGUAUCUUGUUGAGCGCUUUUUGAUUUUGGUGUCACGGUCUAAAGGGUCCUUUUUCACUACAAAAUCAUCAUUGGUGGAAUGGCUGAUUUCUGAGCAGUCUGAGGUCCUACACACUUCCAAGGUUGCUAUUAUUAACCAACAGUCUUUGGAAAAGUUUUAUCAUUCUGUUCUUACGAUGGUACAACAAUUCCUUUCCAAUAAAGGCAAUACAGCUCUUUGGAUUACACGAUCGGGGAUAAAUUUUGAGGCAUACUAUAGGGUAUUGGUUAUGAGAUUGGUUGUUGUCCUAUGUUUGCUGUGUGUGAACAGUGGGAAAUACUAUGAUGUUCUUUCCUGUGUGCUCAGAAACAAUGAUGUUAGGAACCAGCUUCCAAAGUAUUUUUAUGGCAUUCUUUUUCCAUGUUUGAAGCGGAGGUACUUCCAGAUCAGUGAAAUCGGGGAAGCAUUUCAAAUUGCUGGAGAUCCUCUUUUGUGUGUUAACCUGCGUGAGAAUACCACCAGAAAGCUUCCUAAUGUCAUUCAUGUGCAGUUGGGAAAAAACUGCAAUACAGAAGACAUUUUUGACUUGCUGUUUCCGGCUAGAAAUGAGUCACAAGCUCCUAAUUCCACAGUUUCUGAUGUCAUGGCUAAUCUGGAUGCUACUUCUUCCUCGGAUUGUUCUGACCAACCAAAGAUUUUGACAGUGCCAUGUUCUGAAGUCUCUCCUCCAUCGGAGCAGAAUCUGCAACAAGUGAAUUGGGACUUGUUUCAAGAAGUAUCUGAUUUUUUGAAGCUUAUUGGCAGUGAAAACAAUGGACCUAUCUCGGCUGUCGUUCAGAAGAUGAAGGAGGAAAUAAAUAUGCACAUAAAGUUCUUGACUGCUGCCAUUACUCUGCCUGAGCUGAAGAAGCCUGACGCUGGUGAGGACAUGGCUGAGGAAGUGCAACGUAUGCUUCAAGAGCUGCAACAGCUCCAUUCAUUUUUGGAUAUGAGUAAUUUGGAAGUAGCAAAAGCUGAACAACUAUUGAAGAGCUUGCUGUCAAGAAAGCCCAAGAUUGAAGCUUUAUUGAACCAAUGCAUUGUACCAACAGAGAAGGAAAAAGGCAAUACAGUGUGUGUUGAUGAUGAGAAGAUUGUGUUGCCGUCUGUGGCUGCCACCGAUUCCGAAAGCAGUAACAAGGCUACUGAAAGGAAGCAGCCACAGCCACCACAACCAAAAGGGAAGGGCAAGUUCAACAACUCCAAAAAGGGAAAAGGAAAAGGUAAAGGAAAAGGAAAAAAGAAAUAAAAACCAUGAUGCAACAAUAUAGAGAGUAUAGGAUUAGCGCUCUCAUUUUUAUGAUUUUCUUCACUUUUUGUGCAAUCUUGAAGUUGUGAAUGCAAGGAAGGUUAAGUGAACUAUUUUAUGUGGUUGCUUUGUGUGUUAUGAAUGUAAUACGGGCUUAUUUGUUCUUUUUGGACCACGGGUCUAAUGUUUACUCGUAUAUUGUUCAACCUUGCAGAUAAAACAUUA